CGGCGCCCACGUGACCGCGCGCGCGGGGAGCGAUGGCGGCGAGGCUGGCGGGCUUCCUGCUGCUGCUGGGGCUCGCGGCGCCCGGGCCCGCGCCCGCCGCUGCCGCCAAGAUGAAGGUGGUGGAGGAGCCCAACGCGUUCGGGCUCAACAACCCGUUCCUGCCCCAGACUAGUCGCCUCCAACCCAAGAGGGAUCCUUCACCCGUGUCUGGGCCCGCGCACCUCUUCAGGCUUUCCGGCAAGUGCUUCAGCCUGGUGGAGUCCACGUACAAGUACGAGUUCUGCCCGUUCCACAACGUGACACAGCAUGAGCAGACCUUCCGCUGGAACGCCUAUAGUGGGAUCCUGGGCAUCUGGAACGAGUGGGAAAUCUCCAACAACACCUUCAGGGGCAUGUGGAUGAGGGACGGCGACUCCUGCCGCUCCCGGAGCAGGCAGAGCAAGGUGGAACUUACCUGUGGGAAAAGCAGCCGCCUGGCGCACGUGUCUGAGCCGAGCACCUGUGUCUAUGCGCUGACGUUUGAGACGCCUCUCGUCUGCCACCCACACUCCUUGUUAGUGUACCCGGCCCUGCCCCCCGCCCUGCAGCAGCGGUGGGACCAGCUGGAGCAGGACCUGGCUGAUGAGCUCAUCACCGCCCAGGGCUAUGACAAGUGGCUCAGGGUGCUUUUUGAGGAUGCCGGCUACCUAAAGACUCCAGAACAAAGUGAAUCGGUGCUGGAAGGAGGUGCCAAGGACCUGGCCUUCCAGACCUUAGAGAGCUGCCGUGAGGCACAUAAAGAGCUGGCGAAGGAGCUCAGGAGACUGAAGAGCGUGCUGACCCAGCACGGCAUCCCCUACACCAGGCCUGCGGAGACUUCCAGCUCUGAGCACGUGGGCCCCAAGACACCCCCAGACGGGACAGCGGAGCCGCUCCGAGGUGACCCAGGACUGCGUGGGAACACCUUGUGA